AUGACUACAUCGCCUCAUAAGCAGCAUGCAGCCAAGCAGAAGGACUUGAGGGCCUUGGUGCAAGAAAAGAUCCAACUGAACAAUGCAUUGAAAAGAAAAUUUAUCAGGGCCAAGAAAGAGAUCAGAAUGCUCAUGUUUGAAAGAGAUUUACUCUUGGAUGGCAUUGCCCGCUUGCAUCAAGACACUGUCAAUGAUGAAUCCUAUAGUGGCGACGAAGCUCUUGUUGCAGUGACCACAUCAACCGCACAAAUUUCACGGCGUGUGACAUGGCCCUAUUCAGCAACCACCAAAAGCGAAGAAACUGCAACUGUUCCGUCUGUUCCACCAAAGAGAUCCCGAAUCAAUAGAAGCAAAGCCAAAACUCGUCGAGUACAGCCCGUUCAAAGAGAUCAGCACGGCAAUCCCAUCCUACCACUGCAAAUCGGCGUACUGACAGUAACACAUCUUGGGAGAAUAGUAACAGACCACGAAGCAUUUCACAAUGAGAGGUACAUUUUUCCAGUGGGCUACACUGUACAAAGAGUCUAUCCGAGCAUGAUAGAUCCAAACAAAAACACGCUUAUUACAGCCACUAUCAUUGACGGCGGCGGUGAAGCAGGCCCCAAAUUCCAGUUGGUAGCAGCAGAUCAGCCCAAUGAGCCUAUUGUUGCCAACUCCUCCACAGGCGCUUGGACUGUGGUCGUACGUAGAGCAAAUGAAAUCCGCCAGCGAGAUCACUCCAAUUCUGCUAGUGGGCCUGAUUAUUUUGGUUUGAAACAUCCAACCAUUGCUAAAAUGAUCCAGGAUUUACCAGGUGCGCGAGAAUUGAAGGAUUACAUAUGGCAGGAUUUUGAGGAAAUGGAGCCAAGUGCUGCAAGAGGCGUCAUGGCUGCUGUUGAAAAGAAGAGAGAUUAUUUGGAGCAACUGGGACAUCCACAGCAGAGUCCAGGUCGAACGAUGAUACUACGAGAGGAUUUAGCCAUGCAGCCAAAGAAGAGACAGCAGGCUUACACAGUACAGCAAUCAUCUAUGCAACACGAUCAGCCGCCCUAUUCCAUCCAGCAUGGUGCCGUCUCUGCCCUGCCAUAUCGUUUGGUACACUACAUUCCACAUUCAUCACCGCAGAUCAGCCAGCAUCCAGUUUAUUAUCAUCACCAAUACAUAAACACAAUGCCGCCAGUCAUGGUGAUAGAGUCCGACAAAGAACUGGGUGAAUGGGACACAAAUGACAGUGGGUAA